CUGGUAUUGAUCACGGUUCUCUCUUCACGUGUUGACCUGGUAUUGAUCAUGGUUCUCUCUUCACGUGUUGACCUGGUAUUGAUCACGGUUCUCUCUUCACGUGUUGACCUGGUAUUGAUGACGGUUCUCUCCUCACUUUUUGACCUGGUAUUGAUCACGGUUCUCUCUUUACGUGUUGACCUGGUAUUGAUCAUGGUUCUCUUUUCACGUGUUGACCUGGUAUUGAUCAUGGUUCUCUCUUCACGUGUUGACCUGGUAUUGAUCAUGGUUCUCUCUUCACGUGUUGACCUGGUAUUGAUCACGGUUCUCUCUUCACGUGUUGACCUGGUAUUGAUCACGGUUCUCUUUUCACGUGUUGAUCUGGUAUUGAUCACGGUUCUCUCUUCACGUGUUGAUCUGGUAUUGAUCACGGUUCUCUCUUCCUUCCUGUGUCCUCUGUCAGGAGGUGGAGACUGUGGUGAAGGCCUCGGUUCAAACCCCCAACUCCGGGGAUAUCCACAUGGAGCUGGGGAACACUCAGAGAACCCAGAGGAACCCCCUACAGCUCCCCCUCACACAGCAGACCAACCCACAGGAGAUUUUUGUGCCCCCGGAAAGAGAUCAGACCUCCGUCUGGUUACCUGCCAACAAAACGCUGUUGGAGCCAGAACCUGAAUCCAAGAUGGAGGAGAGCGCGGCGGUCAGAGCGCUGUACCAAAAACCCCUCGAGAGAACCCUGAAACAUGAGUUCCUGUCAAAAACUGUGAUCAUGCCGGAGACCUGUUCUCUCUGUGGGAAGAGGAUCCGGUUCGGCAGAAUGGCGUUGAAGUGCAGAACCUGCAGAGCAGUUGCUCAUCCAGAGUGCAAAAUGAGGUUCAGCUCCGACUGUUCCACCAUACCUCCUCAGGGGGGGGGGGCAACACAGAAACUCUUUGGAGGACUUCUCCCCGGGUGCCCCCCCCUGGGUUGCCCCACCUGGAUGGUGGGGUGUGUCGCUGAGAUCGACGAGGAGGAGGCUGCAGGAGGGGGGGAGCGGCUGGUGAAGGAGCUCAGGAUGAUGGUCCUGCAGGGGAAGACCCCCCCCUGGGGAAGGUGGCAGGACGUCCAUGUUCUCUGUGGCUUCCUGAAGGACUUUCCUUGA